AUGGAGCUGCCUGAAAGCUGCGGAGAUAGAGGUUGGCAGCUACUGGAUUGCGCACAGACUAGCACAGGAGUCCAGCCAAGACGGUACCUCGAUGGGGGAGCUUCCGGCCACUACGCAACUCCUUGUGGCAGCUCAACCACCGAGGACGCCGCGAACGAACCUGAGCCCGGCUGUUGCGAGGGCAGUGGCGCAACAGACUCAGCAGUGCAUUUGGACUGCAUAGCGAAUUCGACUAUGGGAUGGGAGCUGCACAGGCUGAACAGCGCUCAGUUUCCCACAGAAAAGGCUCCUUCGGCCUCUCAUAUGCGAACUCCGAGUGAUCGGCAAGCCGCCGUGCCGUCUCAGCCUUCCUCUUCAGGACUGGGCAACCUCGGCUUCUUUGGACAGCCUCUGUGGUACUGUAACUCUGCAGCCGCUCAAGGCCCUUAUUCGAAAUUUGGAGAAUCAUGCGGAAGAUCCAAGGAAUCCUGCUGUGGCGGCGCAUCCGCGAGGCCACCACUAUCGGCAACCCCGUUGCCUCCCAGCGUGUUCCUGCAAGUGGCCUUGUUUCUCGAAGCCCAGGAUGUAGCGGCUCUCGCAUCCGCAUGUAGGAGUCUGCGCUGGAUUGGAUUCAACAGAGAGAUAUGGAAGUCGAUUUGCUUUUCCUCAGGCCUCGUUUCGUGUUGCGCGAGACCCUCGGUGCCUCGUGGGCGCUGUGAGGUGGAUCGAGGCAAGCCUCUUCCCCACCCACGGAGCACCUCUUGCAGCUUGUGGCAAGGCAACGCACAGCCUCAUGGAGGAAGGGCAGUCAUAUUUGGCAGACUCUCGGGGAAUGGCGGUGCCACCAGCAGUACCCUCGAUGACCUCCCUUACACCCAUCGUUGUGAGGCUGCAGCUCCUGAGGCCAAGCAAGUAGAGAGCUCUAUGCCUUCUUGUCAUUGCUCAACUGGUGUUUGUGGCAGAAUCGAGGGGCACGAUGGCUCUGGUUGGUCUCCUUACCCCGUGGGGUGGAGAGGUGACCUCGUUAAGUCCAAUGGGUGUUGCCCAAAAUGCGGUGUUCCCAUGGGUUGGGAUGCUACAACACACUGUCGAGGGUUGCAGGUUCUUCCCGGAUGCACAGUUGACGAAUUGGUGGACUGGCGGUUUUUGUUUCUGUUGAACCACGUGAGCCUUGGCCCUCGGAUAUACAUACACGUAAGGGAGCUGGUGCUGCAGUUUCCAGUGCAGCCCACAGUUCCGGACGCGACGAGCCCUCAUGGGCGUUCGGGGGGGGUGGCGGCUCCGGCUGGUGAAGGCCACCAAGUCUAUGGAAGCAAUGAAAUCGCGAAGGAGCAUGACGAGCCUGCGUGGGGGAAUAUGCGGCAACGGCGAUGGCCAAGUCCGCAGCAGUUUGUUUCUACCUUUGUGCAGAGGGCGCUGAACAUCCGUAAGCCGAUGCGGCUGCGCCAUCUGCGCACGGGGAGUCGGCCAGGAUUGUGUGUGGAGGAGAUCUUGCAGAAUCGGCAUUAUUUGUUGGAGUGGCAGGUCGAGUUAGGGUGCCUGCUGAGUCGUGACGCCUGUUCUUUGUCUUCGCCAGUGCUGGCCAGUGGGGAGGAGCCUGUGUGGGUGUGGCCUCUGCCUCCGUACGUCCUCCAGCGCGAAUUGGCUUCGCCGUUGUCGGCGCAGCCUGGCCGCGUGUGGGAACGCGAGGAAAGGCGCACCAUUUACAGCGUAGUGGAGGACGAUGACGACGAUAAUCGGGGGGGGAGGGAGGAGUCUCCCCAUCAGGGGCCGGACGUGGAGGGGGGCAUGCCCGAGACGCAUCACAUUUACGACGUUAUUGGUAGGGGCACUGCCUUUGCCACCCUGCUCUCGCCUCUCUCCUACGGGACUACUGCAGUGGCAAUAGCCGUUGGCGCCGUCCUUGUUGCAGUUGCGACGGCCAGCACGACUGCGGCACUCACGACGGCAGCAGCUGCUACGGCCACUCUGGCAGCGCGACGCUCCAGUCUCUUCAAAGUUGACUUGCACGUCAUUGAAAGAGACGAGCACGAGGUCGACCAGGAGGAGCCUGCGGACGGGGAAAGCCCGCCUGCGCGGAUCGGCCUCAACUUUUCGAACGCGCGGGGGGCCGCUGCUGCUGCUGCUGCUGCCUCCUCCUCCCCGCCCUCUUCGAGAGAGAACAGCGGCAGCGGCUCCGGGCAGGCUGCCGCUGAGUCGUCCCUUCCAGUCGGAGGGGGACAUGCCCGAAGCUUCUUUGGCAGAGGCACUGUUACGAGCGGCAUCGUCCACCCCAGCUCCCCCCCAAGCGGCCUCGCGAGCAAUAGUUCGUCCUUGGGACUGCCUUAUCUCCAGAGGCUUUUGCCGGAUCGAGUCGGACGCCUUCUCCGCUUCUCCACCCUGGCCAGUGCUACUCUGACCGAAGCGUCUCUUACCUUCGCCAGCACCAUCCUCGCCAGCCUUUCCAGGGAUGCACUCACCACUGCAUCGGCUGCGCUCGCAGCCGCAGGGGCAGCAUUCACGGCAGUCAUACUGCCCCCCGAGGCAGCUCUCUGCUCGCCUGCGGGGGACAGGCAGCAGCGAGACACCCCCAUCUUGUGUUGGAUGCGCGAGACGCAGCAAAAGACGCCCCUGAGUCAGGGGAACCUGCUCCAGAGGAGGACGCCUCCGUCGCCUCUGGAUCAGGAGCCAAGCGCGAAGGCUGACGGUGCAUGCAAAGAGAAGUCCGAGCAAGCAGCUGUAGCGGCGGGAGCAGUCCUGAGUAUGCAAUCGCUUCGAGGAGAGGCUUCGUCCAAGAGGCUCGAUCAUGAGACGCAGCUAGUCGAGCAUCGGUUCCUCAAGCUCCGACGGCGAGCCGCUUCGGAGGAUUUAGGAAUGCCUCGCGCGUCGUUCGCGGCUCCUGCAAAACUCCGCAGAUCGCACUCCUUGCUGGCUGCCUGCGCCGGGCAGCUGGGGAUCUUUCGAUGCCGGCGGCGGGCAUGCCUUGAAGCGAGCACUGCCCAAUGCCACGGAGGCUGCUGCGACAGCAGCAGCCUCGUCGAGUCGGAACGCACGGAGAAAACGCGGGAAGGCAGUCCUUCGGAGGAGAGGAACGGGGAGCUAGAAGAGGCCUCUCGAAGCGAUCGAGAAAGGCCUAGACUGGAGGGGGGAAGCAGCGUGGAUGUUUCGUGGGCUUGGGCACCUCGGGAGCGUUGCCAGCUGAAUUUUGGAGCCGCUGUGUUGGGGUGGCCGAUGCUUCGUCCCCCUGGGGCUUCCUGCCAUGGCCUCCUGCUGUAUGUGCGCACAUGCCUUCCACCAGCAACGGCUGGGAAGGCUUUGAGAAGCGCAGAAAGCUGCAGUUUCCGUUCCCCGUGGGAUGCUCUAACUGCGGCUUCGUGGAGUGCAGCGCCUCCGGAGGACGUGCCUCUGCUCUUGCCCACAGAUGCGACGGCGAAGGACCUGGUUCGGCUGCUCUUCUGUACCCUGGCUCAAAGAAACUAUUUGAUGCCUCUGACGGCUACUACUGCCACUGCUGCUGCUGCGGGGGGAGGGGGAGGGAGCAGCGGCAGCGGCAGGGCACCCGCUCACAGCAGCAGCCACUUGAGUGCUGUGGCCUCCCUCCCACCGUGGAGGCGCAGAAAAAGCCAAAUGGGCAGUGCAGCUCGCUCUUCGCGAGCUUCCGCCUCCAUCCGCAUCUGGAUCGCGACUACGCAUCAUCUCAGCAGCAGCACAGAACCCCACGUCGAGCAGCCGCUGCCCUCCGCGAGGCUGACUGCAGAUUUGCGUCUCAUGUCGUGCGAGCGACUGACCCUCAGCGUCCUCCGCUUCCCCCCCUCCAGCCGUGACUUCGCAGGCAACACACGCUGCUUGACGCUUGUCUGCUCCCCAAGAGGGGGCAGCCCGCGAGAAAAGACGCGUCGCUGGUGUGCCAACGCAGAAGCCGCUUCCCAGCAGCCGAACAAGCCGCCUUGCCGUGCGUGGCCUUCGGGGUGUCGCGACAAACGGCUGCCACACACCGUUACGCCGUAUUCCAAGGUGUGCACCCCCUCAGAACUACCUCGCGAUUGCUCGCUUGUGGUGGGGAUGAGUGCUCCCACGGAAGGCGAACCUCUCUUGGUGUUGCACCGCGAGGAGGCAGUGUGGGAGCCUCUGUUCAGGACCGCCGAGUCCAGCAGCAGCUUCUCCGUGCAGCAGGCUGCCAACCUGCCGGAGCUCGAGCCGCCAGCUCGUCUGCCUCCUCCCUUGCCCGAUGCGCAGAAGCGAGGGUGCGGCAGCAGCGUCUCGCCUCGCCAGCCGCCUCUGCAGGGUGCUGCGCAACAAGCGACGCAGGCUACUCCGCCUCUUCUGGAUGAAGACGCUAAGGGACGUGCUGUGCCUGCGCCGCUGUACACUCUGCAGUGCAGGCUGUGUUCAGCUUGCAGGCCUUACCGCACCGCCCCAGGAGCCGACGGAAAACGGACUUUCGGAGGCACACGGGAGGGCAUGCUGCUGGAGGAGGAGAAAGAGGAUGCCAAAAUGAAGCGCAAGAGACCUUGGAUCAUUCAGUCGUCCAUAAACUCGCGGCAGUUCGAGUUUCAUCCGGAGAGGCCUGACGUGAUGCUCACGGGGGGAAACGACGGCACGGUGCGCGUGCUGAACUGGGAAAAGGACGUCGUGCUGGGGACAGAACUUGUUGACAGCCAUCAAAUUCUGGGGCUUUGCUGGUUGAAGCACCACCCCCAGCUGUUCGUUUGCGCGUCCGGUGUCUCGGGCAUCCCAUAUGUCGUUCGCUGGAGAGAGCAGGAAGACGAUUUUGCGGGAGCAAUCAGAAAAGAUCGCAGAAAAGCACUGCGGACGGCGACACCAGCCUUGAUGCAAGGGCUUCCAGCUGGCAGCUCUUUCAGUGGGCAGCCGGAAUUCGUGCCCCGCUUUGCCGAGCUCGAUGACUGCCGAAUGCGGAACGGCGAUCCUUGCACGCUAGAUCGGGGAGACUGUCUGGAUGGAUUUCACUCGGUGUCUGCUGCGCUAACAUGGUUCAGGCGGUACGGACGUGGCGAGCGCGUUCACAGGGGGGGCCCUGCGUCCUUGCGCAUCGUCCAUCAAUACUGCGCGUGCGAAGAUCUCAGCUCUGUUGCUGUCAACAGCACGGAUGACUACCUGCUUGUCUCUGGGAGAAGCGCGCAUCUCACGAUCCACGAUGUCGCUACUGGCGUCAAAUUGGGGACUCUCAGUGACCUGCACUCCGGCAGCAUCAACAUCGUGCGAUUCGCGCAUGCGUCGCCGCAUCUCUUCGUCACGGCGUCUUUCGAUCAAACCUGCAGACUCUGGGAUUUGCGGCAGCGGAUCAACGGGCGCCAGCCCCUGCUUACCGUCGACACUGGCAGCCUCAGCGUCAUGUGCUGCUUCGACGACUCCGAUGAGUGGCUCCUGUGCAGCGGCGUGGACGCAGCGCUGCGUCAGGUCUGCUUGAGGUCGUCUACGGUAUUUCCCGAGUCUUUUGCCAUCCCGUCCGUGAACGCCGAGACGAACUUUCGCCGUGCAGUGUAUCUACAGGGGGGCACCGAGUUUAUCACGGCGGGAACGGAAGAAGGUUUCUUCCGUGUGUUUAGCCGACUUGGCCGAGACUUGGGCGUCGUGAGUCUCGAAGGCUUGCUGAGACCGUUCAUCAGGAUGCGAGCUUCCCCAAGUCUUGCCAUUCUGCCCGACCUUCAAAGCGAUCUCCUAAAUCUGCUGCGCAUCUCGCUGCGCUCGCACGUGGCACUGGGCCUGAGUGCUGUGAGUGACGCUGCCGUUGCCACAGCCGCGGGUGUGAGCCGUUGCUCGGUAACAGCUGUACUUCGCAGUGCUCUACGACACUUGCAGUGGCGUCCUUCUGGGAUGCUCGAUCGAGCAGUGCUGCUUGGGCACCCAGGCGUCACUGAACUCUACAUUUCGCAGCAGCAAGACAUGCCCACUUCGCAAGGACUGAUCCAGGAGGCAGGCACUGCGACUCCAGAAAGCGGCGCGGUGGAAGAGUAUGUGCAGUCUCUACGAGCACAUCCGCAGGAAAGGAGACUUGUUGGUGCGUUGCUGGCGGCAAAAGAGCGUGUCGAAACGGCCAAUGGCGAGUUGUCUUUCGUGGCGAUGUCUAGGCUGCCAGCAGAAAUGCUCAAGAAACACACACCCUCAAAACACUGUCUGUGGGCCCCAGGGCCGCAUUGUACUCGCGCCCCCGGUUUUAACCUAAAGGCUAGUGUUUGCGCUUUCAGGAAAAGUCGAAAAAUGUAA